AUGUAUGAUGCAGGACAAGAAAUACUCUCUAGUGGAAUCUAUACAUAUGUUGAUGUUAGAGAUGUUGCAUAUGCACAUGUUCAAGCAUUGGAGAUUGCUUCAGCUAAUGGCAGAUAUUGUUUAGUCGAGACAGUAACAUACUCUUCCGAAACUCGAAAGAUAUUACACAAGUUUUACCCUGCCCUCAACCUUCUAGAAAAGUGUAAAGAUGAAAAACCUGUUAUCCCACCAUUCCAGGUAUCAAAGGAAAGGGCAAAAAGUUUGGGUAUUGAUUUCCUUCCUCUUGAGGUGAGCCUUAGGGACACUGUGGAAAGCUUGAGGGAGAAGAAAUUUCUGAGUUUCUAA